AGUCACACAUGUGCAAGUCUCAAUCUUGAAGGAGUUCCCCGAGAGAUGCUUAGCACUUGUUGGCCCUUUUGCCUUCUGUCUGUGGUCCAGCUCACCCCUAAACCAUCUGGAUUGGGUUCAGGUCCGGUGACUGUGGAGGUCAGGUCAUCUGGUGCAGCACCCCAUCACUCUCCUUCUUGCUCAAAUAGCCCUUGAUGGAUGCCUUCAGUGUGACUCUACAAUUUUCAUAGUCAUGAAAAUAAAGAAAACUCUUUGAAUGAGAAGGGAUAUGAUGGACCUGAAAGAAUACUUGAACAGGAUUGGGUUUACUGGCCAAUAUGACAAAGCCGACCUGGACAAUUUGUUCACCAUCCACAAGCUGCAUGUUAUGAAUAUUCCAUUUGAGAACCUCAGCAUCCAUUCUGGCGAGAAGAACACUAUGGAUCUGCAAAUCAUCUAUGAUAAAAUAGUCAAGAGCAAUCGGGGAGGCUGGUGUUGUGAAAACAACCUCUUGUUCUCAUGGGUCCUGAAGGAGAUGGGAUACAAAUCCACCAUGCUAGGCUCCAAAGUGUUCAACUCACUUGAACAGGUGUUCCUCUCCAUGGACUGUCAUCUCGUCAAUCUGGUGGAGAUCGAUGGGAAGCAGUACAUUGCAGAUGUAAGCUUUGGAGUGUCGUCCCAAAUCUGGCAUCCCUUAGAGUUGAUCUCAGGUAAAGACCAGCCGCAGCCUUCAGGUGUAUUCCGCCUCAUAAAUAAUGGGCUGCAGUGGGUUUUGGAGAAGACCAUUAGGAAGCAAUUGGUCCAAGAUAAGACCUUGGCUAAUUCCAGCCUCAUUGAUAAACGGCUCACCAAAACAUUAUACUCCUUCACAUUAACACCCCGUGAUGCAGAUCAUUUCCGAGAGAUGUCAGAUUACCUGCAGACUAGUCCAGACUCUCUGUUCAUGCUCAAAUCCAUUUGCUCCCUUCAGACACCCACAGGCUUCAGAGCUCUGAUUGGUUGGACAUACAGCGAGGUCACAUUUAAAGAGGACUCAGACUUGGUGGACAUGAAAGAAAUCCCAGGCUGUGAGAUAGAGGCUUUACUAAGGGACAAGUUUAACCUGGUGUUAGUUAAUAAAUUCACACCCAAAAACAACAAAGCUGAUUAUUGCAUCUAGUACUCAGCUCAUCUAAUAAUUUUUGUAAUCAGUGUGAUUUGCUUGAAUAUUGAGAUAAAAAUUGUACUCUCUGAA